AGGAGCUGCGGAGGCCAUCCUGGUGGUGGCGGCCGCGUCGGACUGUGCUCAGGCAGGGAGACCCAGGGCCUCCCCGCCACCCGCACAGUCAGUCCAUGGAUUUUGUGGCCGGAGCCAUUGGAGGUGUCUGCGGUGUCGCUGUGGGCUACCCCCUGGACACAGUGAAGGUCAGGAUCCAGACGGAACCCAAGUACACGGGCAUCUGGCAGUGUGUCCAGGACACGUAUCGCCGAGAGCGGGUGCGGGGCUUCUACAGGGGCCUCUCGCUGCCCGUGUGCACCGUGUCCCUGGUCUCGUCCCUGUCUUUCGGCACCUACCGCCACUGCCUCGCUCACAUCUGCCGGUUCCGGUACGGCAGUGCCGAUGCCAAGCCCGCCAGGACCGACAUCACGCUGUCGGGUUUCGCCUCCGGCCUCGUCCGUGUGUUCCUGACCUCGCCCACCGAGGUGGCCAAGGUCCGUCUGCAGACGCAGACGCAGGCGCAGGCGCAGACGCAGCUGCAGGCGCAGACGAGGCGGAGAUCCUCGGCCUCGGCAGCGGCGGUGCCGCCCUUGUGUCCCGCGCCCUCCGCAGGUCCGGCGCCGGGGCCGAGGUACCGCGGGCCGCUGCACUGCCUGGCCACCGUGGCCCGUGAGGAGGGCCUGCGCGGCCUCUACAAGGGCAGCUCGGCCCUGCUCUUCCGGGAGGGCCACUCCUUCGCCACCUACUUCCUCUCCUACUCCAUCCUCUGCGAGUGGCUCACCCCCGCCGGCCACAGCCAGCCAGAUGUCUUGGGUGUGCUGGUGGCCGGCGGCUGUGCGGGAGCCCUGGCCUGGGCCGUGGCCACCCCCAUGGAUGUGAUCAAGUCCCGCCUGCAGGCGGACGGGCAGGGCCGGCGGCGCUACAGGGGCCUCCUGCACUGCAUGGUGACCAGCGUGCGGGAGGAGGGGCCGCGGGUCCUGUUCAAGGGGCUGACGCUCAACUGCUGCCGUGCCUUCCCCGUCAACAUGGUGGUCUUCGUCACCUACGAAGCCGCGCUGAGGCUCAGCCGCGGCCUGCUCCAGUAGCGGGCAGGCCCCACCGCUGCAGGAGCUG